AUGAUAGAAGAAUGCGACGAAAGGCCUAAACACGCUCAAGCCCUGAAAGGCUCGCCAACUGGAACCCAGGAUCCUCCACAGGAGGAGAUCGAUAUAGAUCUCGACGAUCCAGCAACGGAAGACGCAGCGCUCAAGAUCCAGGCAGCCUUUCGAGGAAAUCCUCUGAGGAAAAAGAGCGGCGACUCCGGCAACAGCAGUUAG